AUGUCUACUAAAGAGAAUAGGCCAAGUGUUAAUACUCCAAUAAUGACUUCUCCACGCAAAACCUUUCAAAAUUAUUACACUACUUCUUAUAAUGAUAGCGUUGAGCUUAAACAAAAACUAGAAUCCCAAUCCAAAGCCUUGAAAAAAAGGAAAAAGCUCUAUGAUUCUUACAAGUCACGAAAUACUCAAAUAUGAUACGUUUAUAAUAAGCUUAGAGAAGAGCUUGUCAAACUCUACCCUGAAAGACUUACUAAACUAAAAGAAUUUGAGCAAAAAACUCAGUCUGAAAGCGAAAGUGGAGAAUUUGAUCCUGAAUUUAUUCCAGUAGAAAAAGCUUUUUGUAAGAUUUAUUCAGGUAAAGAAAUACAAGAACUCAAAGAUGAAGCCAAAAUUCUCAGAGAGUAUAUUGGCCAAUUAUUGAUUCUACUAACUGAACAAGACGAUGAAGAGUUCGCAAAUGAUGGAGAUGAAUUAAGUGAUAUUGAUGAAAGAAUUUCAAUAAACCCUCCAACUCCUAAUUUAAAGUCAAAUAACGAUAUAUUUUUUCAGCAUGAGCUCGCUUCAGAAAAGAAAAAUUCAUGUCCUUUUGAAGUUGCGAUUGAUAAACCUUCUGAGCUUACGUCAUCACCUAUUGAAAUAUCCUUCAAAGAAAUACCAAUUAACCCAAUUAUCGAAGAAUCCAAAAACUGGGAGCCUCUACCAUAUUCAGACGAUUAUAGAGCUUCUAACGCCUAUACAUCAGGUGGCUUCGCUUUACUUGACCAACAAACAGUCACAAAACUCCGAAGUGUUGGCAAAGAAAUCAUCAGAGAAAUGGGCAAAAAAAUUUUAUCAGGCAACCUAAACCUCACACAAAUUUCAUUCCCAAUCCGCUGCAUGCAAGGAAAUACAGCUCUUCACAACACCUUAAAAACGGCAUUAAUGAAUCCUUUAUAUCUCACAAAGGCUGCAUAUAUAAAUGACCCAGUAGAAAGGAUGAAACUGGUGAUAGUUUCUUCAAUCUCCUCAUUUAUCCAUACUUCUACCUUCGAAAAGCCUCUCAAUCCUGUAUUAGGGGAAACACUUCAUGGAUAUUUAGAAGAUGGGAGCGAACUAUAUGCAGAACAAUCAAGCCAUCAUCCACCAGUUUCUCAUUUUCUAAUAAAAGGACCAAGCGAUUCUUAUCAAGUCUCAGGGUAUUUCAACUUUAUUGCUAAAGCUAGGAUAAAUUCAGUGACUGUAAAUUUUAUAUAGAUUACAAACGUGGGGAGAAAAGUGUUCUCGUUUCCUGAUGGACAAAGUAUUAGCCAGAAUUGUCCUGAAGAAGUGUUUUCUGGGACGUUUUUUGGGACUAUGAGGCAUGAAAGCUUGGGAGUUGUUGAGUUCAAUGAUGAAGGAAAUGGGUAUAAGUGCAAGUUGCAGUUCGGGGGGAAUAAAAAUAUGCCAUCUGAUUAUAUUUUUGGGUCUAUUAUUGAUAGUAAUGGAAACUCAAUAAGUACUAUUAAGGGAACUUAUUGUGGGUAUAUAGAUUUUGACGGGCGAAGAUACUGAGAUGCAAGACACAUUAGACCUUAUGAAGUAAAGUUUUCUCAAAUCCUGCCUUCAGAUUCAGAAGUGAGAGAAGACAUCAUUUUGCUUAGACAAGGAAAUAUUGACGCAGCUCAACAAGCAAAAGAAAAUAUUGAAAAUGUGCAGCGGCAUGAUAGAAAAUUAAGGGAGGUCCAUCAUAAGCAUUAA